UUCCCGACACCAGCACUGGCAGCAACGCAGCGUGAAAAGACAGAAAAAGCAACCGAACCGACCACACCGCGCGGCCCAAAUCAUCCCAAAUCAAUCCCAAUCAACCAAUCGACCAAACCAAACCCCCAUUUUGAAUUUCAAACGCCAUUCCAGUAUCCCACCACCUCCUCCUCCUCCCGGCGAGCAGCGAAGGCGAGAUAGAGCGAGCGAGCGAGCGAGUGCGAGAGAUGAGGAAGGCGACCGCCGCGGCGUCGCGCUACGCCUCCUACGACUCGCCGUCGCCGUCCCCGUCUCCGCGACGCGCCGGCGCGGCGGCGACGCCGGGGUACGGGAGCCGCGCGCUGGUGCCGGCCAGAUCCGGCCGCGACCUGCGUGCCCCGGCGGCGCAGCACGGGAACCUCGGGUCCGUGCUCCGUAGGCUCAUCUCCAUGGACAAGAAGCCGGCGAAGAACCUCCCCGUACCUCCCGCCGCCGCCGCCGCCGCCGCCGCGAAGAACGGAAGUGGUGGGAAGCUGCCGGGGCUGUCGCGGAAGCUGUUCCAGAAAGGGUCGUCGGAGCCCAAGAAGAAGGCGCUGACGGAGGUCAAGAACGGCGGGAACACGCGGACGCUCGCCAUGGUGCUGCGCAGCGAGCGGGAGCUCCUCACCCAGAGCAAGGAGCAGGAGGACGAGAUCGCCGCGCUCCGCCUCCAGCUCGAGCAGAAGGACACGGAGGUUGAGCGCCUCAAGGACCUGUGCCUGCGGCAGCGGGAGGAGAUCAGGACGCUCAAGGACGCCGUGCUCUUCCCGGACACGCAGCCGGACCGCCACCUCCGGGAUGAGAUCUCCACGCUCACGGGACAGAUCCAAUGCCUUGCCGAAGAGCUCGCGCAGGUUAAGGCCGAUAAACACACGCCAAGGUCAUGUUUUGAUGAUGAAUACUGCUCUUCCCCAAGAACACCGGUGCUUAAUGAGGAGACUGCUUUCUCUCUGGAAUGUAGCAUUGGAGAAGAUGACACACCAAACUACGGUAGUCCAGAUGAAAUGUUCAGCAAGGAUCUUAAUCCUUGCCUAACUCCAUGCAUCUCCAAGAGUAAAUCCGAGGAGUACGAGCAACCGAUCAAUUCUCAUCGCAGCGGCACGAAGGCCGGACAGGACAGCCUCUCCUGCGGUUCCCGUAGCAGGCCAAUGUCGAAGAGCUCUGAUCAUCACAAGCCUACCUCAGGCACCAACAGCAAGCGACGAGUAUACAGAUCCGACCAAGACAAGUUCCAUCAGAACCUGUUCUAGCUUUGCCGUUUACCACGGCCUUUUCCCCGGCCUCAAUCACGCUUCCAGCAGUCUCCCCUGUGAAAUAUUCACAAGCGUGUGGACUCGUUUGGUCCAUUGAUACAUGUCUCGAGUUGUUGUAAUGGCGUCUUGGUUUGUGCUUUGCUGCUUUGCAGUGUAUGCUUGCCCCUGCUGUUUCGAAUGCUUGUCCAAGUCAUGUGGAUAAACUGUCUUGAGAAGAGGAAAUAGCAGAUGAUGUUUUGCUUGGAUUAAGGCGAUA